CGCGCUUCCGAUGAAAGCACAACAUCCAAGAUGUCUGCCGCCGUAUCCUCCCUCGUUUCGUACUGCAGCGAUUCUGAUUCGGAAAAUGAGUCAAACUCCGGUACCAGUCCCAAAAGGUUGGACACGGCCGACCCGGACGCAACAGCACACCUUAAACCUCUACAGACUGGUCCGAUAAUGGCCUUAGCGGUUCUUAAUUCCGCUCCCGAAGUUGCUGUCAAGGAGUCUGUAGAGACUGGCGUACAUCUUGAUCCUUCCGUGAAAGAAGUCGCCUACAACCCGAGAUAUGAAACCAUGUUUGCGCCAGAGUUUGGACCGGAAAAUCCGUUCAAAACCCAACAGAUGGCCGCCCCGAGGAACAUGUUAUCCGGCUACGCCGAACCCGCUCAUGUCAACGACUUCAUGUUCGAACAGCAAAGGAGGACCUUUUCGUCGCUUGGCUAUGCAUUAGAUCCAUCUGUGGACACAAACCAAGUAACCUGCACUAGUUACAUUGGCGCGGUGGACGAGGCUGAGAAAAAUCAAGGGUUGACCGUGUUCGAGAGCGCUUACAAGAAGCCAGACAAAAGGAAAAAGGUCAAAGGCGGUGAUGCGGGAGAUAUCGACAACUACUUGGGACCGUGGGCAAAAUACGUUGAUGAGAAAUCUGUGGCCAAACCCACUGAGGAGGAGAAGAAAGAGCUGGAUGAGAUCACCGCCAAAAGGCAAAAACGUGGGAGGAAGGAAGAGGAAGCUCCGGCAGAAGAGAAGACCAUUCUUCAUGUCAAAGACAUGUUCGACUACCAGGGCAGGUCCUACCUGCACAUCCCACAGGACGUGGGAGUCAACCUGCGUUCGACCGAGGCACCAGACAAGUGUUACCUGCCUAAAAAGCAAAUUCACGUUUGGUCUGGGCACACGAAGGGGGUCAGCGCCAUUCGAUUGUUUCCACUUUCAGGUCAUUUGCUGCUUUCCAGCUCCAUGGAUUGUAAGAUUAAGUUGUGGGAGGUGUACAAUGAGAGGAGGUGUAUACGGACUUUUAUUGGCCACAGCAAAGCAGUUCGAGACAUUUGCUUUAACAACACCGGCAAGCAGUUCCUCAGCGCCGCCUACGACCGUUACAUCAAACUCUGGGACUCUGAGACCGCAGAGGGCAGAACAGUUAACCGCCCUCGUUGGCACAAGCAGGACCACACCAUCACAGCACUUCAUCCCAAUUGCAGGCUGUUAAGUCUAAGAGAACCUUUCUCCUCCACAGGCAAGUGCAUCUCCCGAUUCACCAACCGGAAGGUGCCGUAUUGCGUCAAGUUCAAUCCCGACGAAGAAAAACAGAAUCUUUUAGUGGCCGGCAUGUCAGAUAAGAAGAUCGUCCAGUGGGACAUCAGGACCGGCGAGGUGGUUCAGGAGUACGAUCGUCACCUCGGCGCCGUCAACACCAUCACGUUCGUGGACGAGAAUCGGCGCUUUGUCAGCACGUCGGAUGACAAGAGUCUUCGAGUUUGGGAGUGGGACAUCCCCGUGGACUUCAAGUACAUCGCCGAGCCCAGCAUGCAUUCCAUGCCGGCCGUGACGCUCUCUCCCAACGGUAAAUGGCUUGCGUGCCAGUCUAUGGACAAUCAGAUUCUGAUCUUUGGUGCCCAAAACCGCUUCCGACUGAACAAGAAGAAGAUCUUUAAAGGCCACAUGGUUGCCGGCUACGCCUGCCAAGUGGACUUUUCCCCCGACAUGAGCUACGUGGUGUCAGGCGACGCCGACGGAAAGCUGAAUAUUUGGGACUGGAAGACGACCAAGCUGUACCACAGGAUCAAAGCGCACGACAAGGUGUGCAUCAGCGCCCUGUGGCAUCCCCACGAAACCUCCAAGGUUAUCACCUGCGGUUGGGACGGACAAAUCAAACUCUGGGAUUAGACGUUUCCUUGUACGUGUUUUUAUAGAGGGAGCAGGGCGCGCAUCCGAGCAAAAGGUGAGGGAUUGCGAACGAAUGCCACGAGACUGGCAUCCAGUCUUAUUGUAGCAGUGCAUUUUUGUAUCCGCAGGAGUUUAUGAUGUUCUUGUACAAAGAUUAAAAAAAAAACAACAACUAAUUUUUAACCUGCUAUCGGGAAUGCAUUGACCCAUUUGGAUGUUUUCAUUUUGCAUUGUCCCGUUGCGCUUUAUAUUCUCAUUUUUGAUUUUAUGGCCAGCUAUGUGGAAAUAAUAAACUCUCCGUCAGUUGUGCGCA